GGUCGAAAAGAAGCGACGAUAAGUUUCGAAACUAAAAUUCAGUGGUCAGUUUCCAACGACGUGUCGUUCACAUCCAAAAAACGUAAACGACAUUAAUCUGCUCCCCCUUCUCUUCUUUUAUCAGAAAGCCAAGGGAGCAACGCUUUGCAAACUGCUUCUCGACAUGAUGCGCACGUUAGCAGCUCAGCUCAACACUUAUCUGUCCCGAAGCAAAUGGCCAAAUGCUCAAUCUCGCAAUUUCUCAGUUUUCAACAGAAGCAGAGAUGAGCUCUCCAUUGAAGAGGAAGCUGAAAGGAAGAUUGGAUGGUUACUGAAAUUCUUCUUUGCUGGGACUGCUACUUUUGUUGCAUACCAGUUCUUUCCAUACAUGGGAGAUAAUUUGGUGCAGCAAUCAAUUACGCUCUUGCAAGUCAAGGAUCCCUUCUUUAAAAGAACUGGUGCUUCUAGAUUAGCCCGUUUUGCGGUUGAUGAUGAAAGAAGGAAGAAAAUUCUGGAGUUGGGUGGGGCGCAGGAGUUGGUAAACAUGUUGGAGAAUGCUAAAGAAGACAACACUCGGAUAGCAGCUCUAAAAGCUCUUGUUGCACUUUCACACUCAGAUGAGGCUGUUGGAGCAUUGCACCAUGCUGGGGCUAUUUCAAUCAUUAAGUCUACCCCAGAUUCUUUGGAGGAAUCAGAAAUAAAUAAUUACAAAUCCGGCCUGCUAAAGAGAUUCCAAGACCUGAGAUAUGGUAGUUGAUAUUAUGUGGUUAAGGUAUAAUCCUUAUGAUUAUAAUCUGGUAGUAGGGACAGAUCAAGGAGUCAUGUUAGCAUGUUAUGAUGAUCUCUAUUUCACAAAGAGAGGUUUUUGACCAUUGUAAUAAAAACAAGUUCAAAUUUUGCUUUAUGCAAUUGGCUUCUUUCUCCGAAGAAGUUCUCUUUUAUUUUUC